ACAAAUAGUAAUUGGACAAACAAACUCAUCCCUAUUAAACAACAACGAACCAAUCAUCUCAAUUCUGAGGGAAAAAUUCAACAAUUUUUUUUAAUCCAGACAAACAGCAAGCCCUUUUGUUUCUCUGUCCUGUCCUCUGAAACUGUCAAAGACUGGUUUGGGUUUUGGUCCAACCAUGUUCAUGUUGUCAUUACAGCAUCAAUAGGAGAAGCACAAAGGUUGACAUGGGCAAUUGCUGGGGAUCUAAAUCUGCUGAACUUGUCCACUGUAACACUAACACCACCACCCCCACCACCAUCGCCACCAUCGCCACCACUACCACUACCACUACCACCAUCAUCGCCGCCACCACUGGACCUUUCACUCCAGGGACAUCUAAUGGUGACAGCAACGACGUUGGAUUUUCGAGCAGUAGUCCCAGCCAAAGCCAAUUCUCAGUUGCAGCGAGCGAUGAUACUUGUUUGAAUGGAGAAAUAUUGGCCACACCAAACUUGAAGGUUUAUACUUUUGCAGAUUUGAAGACCGCAACGCGAAAUUUCAAAUCAGAUACUGUGUUGGGAAUUGGUGGUUUUGGGACAGUGUUCAAGGGAUGGGUGGAUGAGAAGACGCUUGCACCGUCUAAGUUUGGCGCCGGAAUGAUUGUAGCCAUCAAGAAACUGAGCCAUGAAAGUGUGCAAGGCUUUCGAGAAUGGCAGUCGGAAGUGAAUUUCUUGGGAAGACUUUCGCAUCCUAACUUGGUUAAGCUGUUGGGGUACUGUUGGGAGGAUCAAGAGCUUUUACUUGUAUACGAAUUUAUGCAGAAAGGAAGCUUAGAAAACCAUCUUUUUAGACGGGUUUCUUCUUCUGUUGAACCACUUUCUUGGGAUCUGCGGCUCAAAAUAGUGAUUGGUGCUGCACGGGGCCUUUCUUUCUUGCACACUUCUGAAAAGCAAAUCAUUUACAGGGACUUCAAAGCCUCUAAUAUACUGCUUGACGGGAACUUCAAUGCAAAAAUCUCAGAUUUUGGCUUAGCAAAAUUGGGGCCCUCGGGUGGAAACUCACAUGUAACAACUCGAAUUAUGGGCACAUAUGGUUAUGCUGCUCCAGAAUACAUUGCAACAGGUCAUUUAUAUGUGAAGAGCGAUGUGUAUGGUUUUGGUGUUGUGCUGCUGGAGAUAUUGACAGGAUUACGAGCACUAGAUACCAAACGGCCCAGUGGGCAACAUAACCUGGUUGAUUGGGCAAAGCCCCUUCUUUCCAACAAAAAGAAGCUGCAAACAAUUAUGGAUGCACGGAUGGAAGGACAAUAUUCUUCAAAGGCAGCGUUACAGACCGCUCAACUUACUCUAAAAUGCCUUGAACCAGAACCUAGAAACCGGCCCUCAAUGAAAGAAGUCACGGAGGUCUUGGAACGGAUAGAAGCUAUGAGGAUCAAACCCAAAGCAUCCAAAUAGGAGCUGACAAAUAGAAACAAUCACAUUGAGCAAGGUAAGCUGAAUUGGAUCAACAAGUGUAUGUUCACACAAAUUGUGUACCCUUUUUUUUUUUAAUUUUUUUUUUUUUUACAAUUUGGUGACUUAUUUGUUGAAUGAUUUCUGUAACAUUUUCUUGAAAUUCUUUCUUUGCAAAUUUUGUAUUGGUAAUUGUCAUUUGUAUUUACAUCGGGUGAUUGUUGUAAACUAGGAACUAUGAUAUGAUUUUUAUAGUAUCAUUUGUGAACGGAGUUGGAAAUAAUUUUGCAAUACCUA